AUGACUCAGAAAUGGGACCAAGAAAGAAAAAAAACGCCUGAUGAGUUGCGUAAUAGUGAAGCUCCUGCAAGUGUUGAAAAUGUGUACCAAGUGGCUAUGUUAGAAAUCAUUGACCGGAUGAUUACAGAACUUAGUGACAGAUUUAAAGCUUUGAAUAAUAUAGCAGAUCUAAAAAUUAAAGCAGAAGAAUUGGCAAAUAUAUACUCACCUGGUCUCAACAUUGAAAAAUUCAACUUUGAAAUAGAAAGUUUUAAGCAUCAAGCUUUGACAGUUGACAAAAGUUUGAAAAAGCCACAUAAAAAAAAUGUUAACUCUCAUUUAUAA